AUGGACGACCCAGAGGCCCAGUUCACGGGCAUCGUCAAGGCCCUGACGGAGGGCCCCAAUAAGGACCAGACCGACACGCUGAACGACUACUUCCUGCGCGACGCCUUCUUCACCCACCCCUUCUGCCGCGUGCCGUCGUUCAAGAACUACCGCGUCCCCUUCACGUCGUGGAUCAUCGACUCGCGCUGGGUCGUGCUGAUGAUCUACCGCUGGUACCACGUGCUGAGCCCCGAGAUCAAGCUCGAGGUCGACUCGAUCAGCUUCGACAAGCCCAACAACCUGCUCUACGCGACGAUGCGCCAGGUCUUCACGAUCUGGUUCGUGCCGUUCUCUCUCUGGCAGGCGCACGUCAAGCUCGUGACGGUCCUCACGCUAGCGCACCUGCCCGUCGACGAGGAAGGCCGGAUCAUCCUCCCUCCCCCACCGCCACCUCAACACGACGACCUCCACCAGCACGGGCAGUGCCAGUUCGGCGACGAGCAGUGCCAGUUCGACGCCGACCAGCAUUUCCACCACCAGCAGUACGAAGACGACCACGCCCUGGCGCCGCACAAGCACUACUUCAUCCAGGGCCAGGAGGACCACUACCAGCCCGAGGAGUGGCUCAAGUUCAUCGCGCCGUGGGGCGCCUCGAUGCUGUGGAUGGCCUGGCAGCUGUUCGCCUCACUUGUUUGCGUGGUUGGCGUGCGCGUCGUGUGGCCUGUCUUUGCGCCGCUGCGGGAUCGCGUUUUCGUAUACUGGAACAACGACGGGUCCGCUAAUGGGGCGGAUGGACAAAGUAGUGCUCAGAAGAAGGGGGUUUAG